AUGAUUCUCUCCAAUCGGAACCUUUUGUUGGGUGCUCUGGCCACUGUGGCCAUCCAAUCUGUUCAAGCCGUUGCUGUAUGGGGACAGUGUGGUGGAAAGGGCUGGACCGGAGGCACGACUUGCGACGCCGGGAGCUAUUGCCAGGCCCAGGGCGAAUAUUACUCGCAAUGCGUCCCUGGUACUGCCUCGGGCACUACCACAUCUGGUGCCGCAACCCCUACAUCAACUGCGCUCCGAGGCUUGCACGCACUUGCCAAAUCUAAAGGCAGGUACUUUGGUACAGCUACUGACCAGCUCUGGAACAUCAAUGACGCGGCGUACCUUUCUCUUACUGGAAACCCGAGUGAAUUCGGAAUGAACACUCCAGGAAACCAAUUGAAAUGGGAUGCGACCGAGAGGAGUCGAGGCUCCUUCACUUAUACCUAUGCAGACUACGAAGUCUCGUGGGCUAAGAAUCAUAGCCAGGCUAUCAGAGGCCACACACUUGUCUGGCACAGCCAACUCCCAUCGUGGGUCUCCAACGGGGGAUUCAACAGUGCGACCCUGACCUCGAUUAUGCAGAACCAUAUCUCGAAUGUUAUGGGACGGUACAAGGGCCAGAUGUAUGCUUGGGAUGUCGUCAAUGAAAUGUUCAAUGACGACGGAACAUGGCGGUCCAGCGUGUUCUAUAACACGAUCGGGCCCUCGUUUGUUGCCGUCGCUCUUCGCGCCGCCCGCGCUACUGAUGCGAAAGCAAAACUGUAUUUGAACGAAUACAAUACCGAUUGGGUAGGGGCCAAGUCUAACGCGAUGUAUAACCUCGCCAAGGACCUGGUCGGACAGGGCGUCCCCCUCGAUGGCAUAGGAUUCCAGGCCCACCUGGUGGUCAAUUCCUUCGAGCGCUCGUUCCAAACCAACUACCAACGCUUCGCAGACCUUAAGCUCGACGUUGCAAUCACCGAACUCGAUAUCCGUAUGACCCUCCCGGCGACUAGUGCACUGCUUACAGCCCAGGCCGAAAACUACAAAUAUGUCAUGAACUCGUGUUUGGCCGUUUCUCGUUGCGUUGGGGUAACCACUUGGGAUACGAGUGAUGAUCAUUCGUGGGUCCCUAGUACAUUCCCUGGUACAGGUGACGCUCUACUUUUCGACAGCAACAAGAAACCCAAGCCGGCAUAUUACGCAGUCGCUGAUGCGCUGGCUGCUGCGACCGUUCAGGGUACCUGGGCUUAA